AUGUUAACACUAAUGCCUCCAAGUGAUCCCCUUACUAAAGCAUGCGAAGAAGGAAAUCUCGAACGAAUUAAAUCUCUUAUAGAAAGUGGUUACUAUAAAGUAAAAUCAUUAGAUUUACCACUCAUUUAUGCAUCAAUAGAAGGUCAUCUUGAAGUUGUUAAAUAUCUUAUCUCAGUUGGAGCUGAUAAAGAAGUAAAGAAUUAUUAUGGAGAUACUCCAUUCAUUAAAGCAUCAGAAUAUGGUAGACUUGAAGUUGUUAAAUAUCUUAUCUCAGUUGGAGCUGAUAAAGAAGCAAAGAAUAUUUUUGGAUAUACUCCACUCAUUUCUGCAUCAGCUAAAGGUCAUCUUGAAGUUGUUGAAUAUCUUAUCUCAGUUGGAGCUGAUAAAGAAGCAAGUGGUGGACUUGAUAAAGGUACUCCACUCAUUUAUGCAUCAAUAGAAGGUCAUCUUGAAGUUGUUAAAUAUCUUAUCUCAGUUGGAGCUGAUAAAGAAGUAAAGAAUUAUUAUGGAGAUACUCCAUUCAUUAAAGCAUCAGAAUAUGGUAGACUUGAAGUUGUUAAAUAUCUUAUCUCAGUUGGAGCUGAUAAAGAAGCAUAG